AAUCGUCUGGCAACAUCAAGAUUAAUUUCAGCUGUCACCAGUUGUCCCUGUGAAGAAGUCGUCGAUUUUAUUGAAAAAAAUUCAUUUGUGUUUGGAUUUUACUAUUGAACAUACGAAAAAUGGCUGCCAUUCUUUCACAAGCUUUUCGACGUCAAAUCUCUAUUAGCUUCAACAGAGCUGCAGUUGAAACUGCUGCCACCGCUGGUGAACAUUCUGGUGGUUACAAAGUUUGGAAGCGUCUUUCAUUCUUUGUAGCAAUUCCUGCUGUGGGACUUUGCAUGUUAAAUGCCUACUUGAAGCAUCAAGAGGAACACGACCACCCGCGCGAUGAAUUUGUAAAAUACGAUUAUUUGCGACGCCGGGAGAAGCGAUUCCCAUGGGGUGAUGGCAACAAAAGCCUAUUCCAUAAUCCCCAUGUCAACCCACUGCCUGAUGGCUAUGAAGAUUAAGUCGUAUAAAUGCAACAUUGCUGUAGCCGAGUUGAGAAGAGCCAUAUUACGGGUCUUAACAUUACUUCGCGUCAUUCGUCGCUUUUAAUUGAUUUGAUUUCAUUAAAAAUUUAAACAAUGAUUUCGACUGAUAAAUAAAUACAUAACAAUUCGAUCGUAAA